CGGACCCUUUGCUCCGCAUCCCCGCCACCUUGGGCACCAGUAAGGAGGAACCGCCGUAGGUCACCUCCUCGUAUCAAGUUUCUUUGCUCUCUGUUCUUUUCCUUGGAAGAACACAGGAGGGACAAGCAGAGGCAUGGGGAAGGUGAGCAUGCCGCGGCUCGCGCUGGCGGCCCUGGUGCUGGCGAGCCUCGUGCUGUCGGCCCAGGAGGCCGACGGGGCACGGCCCGCGUCGACCGACGGCGUCAUCAGCUACAGCGCUCUCCUGCGCGGGAACAGCGCCAACACCUCCGACGCCAGCGUCCGGCCUUCUGCGGUGGCCAACCCUUACACGCGCGGCUGCAGCAAGCUCAACCGUUGCCGCGGUUGACGCGCGCCUGCGUGUAACCGCAUGUGUGCCUCUUGUUUUGCUCAAAGGUUAACAUGUUGAUCCCGUGUGCAAGCCAGGAGUAUGAUGCAACAACGCUCGCUUCUUUCAUCAAUGCAAGAUCCACCCCCUCAUGUCGUUUUUCUUCAUCUUCUUUUCCGUUUUAUCCUUUUGAUCGCUUUGAUCAAACCCUGUAUUCUUUCACCCCUCUGCUAAAUCAAUGCAAGCCAGUCGAGCUGGAUCUUUCAAAAAAAAAAGAUCAUGCAGUGUUGUCUCUGAA